AUGCAGGGCCUGGGGCUGCUGCUCUGCGCCCUACUGUGUGUGGGGGUCAGUGGGGCCCCGGGCGGGAAUGAGGAGCUGCGGCUCUACGAGAAACUCUUCGCCAACUACGACAAGAACACGCGGCCAGUGAUACGCCCCGACGACACGGUGCCCGUGCAGAUAAUGCUCACACUGACCAACCUCAUCUCGCUGAAUGAAAAGGAGGAGACUCUGACCACCAAUGUCUGGAUAAAGUUUGAAUGGGUGGACUAUCGGCUGAAUUAUAGCAACAGUGAGUUUGAAGGGAUCCGCUCCCUGCGCGUCCCCUCCGACAUGGUCUGGCUGCCGGACAUCGUCCUGGAGAACAACAUCGACGGGCAGUUUGAGAUUGCCUACUACGCGAACGUGCUGGUGUACCCUGGGGGGGCCAUGUACUGGCUGCCCCCCGCCAUCUACCGCAGCACCUGUGCCAUCGAAGUCACCUACUUCCCCUUCGACUGGCAGAACUGCUCCCUUGUCUUCCAGUCCCAGACGUACAGCGCCAACGAGGUUGAACUGCAGCUCUCAAUCAAUGAGGAGACGGCCCGCCCCUUUGACGAGAUCGAUAUAGACCCCGCCGCCUUCACAGGUAUGGGGGGGUGGGAAAGAGGGUGUCUGCCAGCCCCCCCUGAACAGACCCCCAAGGGGGCAGGGGGUGUCUGCCACAGCUCCCCCCAGGGGCAAAUGUCUGCCAGGUCCCCCCCAGUGGGGGUCUCCCCGAAGGGCAGGGGUGUGCUCCCCACAGCACCCGCUGCCCCCGCUGCCUCCCGCCCUGCAGAGAACGGGGAGUGGGCGAUCCGGCACCGGCCGGCCCGGAAGGUGCUGCACCCAGAGCUGGGCCGGGAGGCGCUCGGCUUCCAGGAGAUCCGCUUCUCGCUCAUCAUCCAGCGCAAGCCCCUCUUCUACGUCAUCAACAUCAUCGUGCCCUGCGUGCUCAUCUCCUCCCUCGUCGUGCUGGUCUACUUCCUGCCCGCCCAAGCCGGUGGCCAGAAAUGCACCCUCUCCAUCUCAGUGCUGCUGGCUCAAACUGUCUUCCUCUUCCUCAUCGCCCAAAAAAUCCCAGAGACCUCGCUCAGCGUCCCCCUCAUUGGCAAGUACCUGAUGUUCGUCAUGGGGGUGGCGACGCUGAUCGUGAUGAAUUGUGUCAUUGUGCUGAAUGUUUCCCUGCGAACGCCGAACACCCACUGCAUGUCUGAGCAACUCAAACAUGUGUUCCUAGAGGUGCUGCCACGGUACCUGGGCUCAGCCCUGGAGCCCACGGGGGACCCCUGGGCUGCGCCCCCCACCCGGCGGCGCAGCUCCUUCGCCAUCAUGCUCAAAGCCGAGGAGUACAUCCUCAAGAAGCCACGCAGUGAGAUCCUCUUUGAGCGGCAGGGCCAGCGCCAUGGGCUCAACAGGACCCCAGCCUGUGACGGGGUGGACGUCGGCGUCACCAGCACCUUGUACAAGAACCUGGCCAGCGCAGCCCCUGAGAUCCGGGCGUGCGUGGAGGCCUGCAACUUCAUCACAGAGACCACGAGAGAGCAGAAUGCCAGCAGCGCGGAGAUGGAGAACUGGGUGCUGAUCGGGAAGGUGAUUGACAAGCUGUGCUUCUGUGCCGCCAUCCUGCUCUUCACUAUCGGCACCCUCGGCAUUUUCCUCAUGGGGCAUUUCAACCAGGUGCCAGACAACCCCUUCCCCCUGCAGCCGGACCCGUAG